CGCGAUAACUGUCCUGACCAGCCGCAGCUGCCAUGUGUUCUUCUCGAAGGAAGACAGCCGCCAUCAUGAGUGGCUACGGGCGAUGCCGUGGAAGGAAUGUGAAGCGAUGAGUUCUACAGAGGACGUAGAAGUGGGCGGCUUUUGCCGGUUUAGCGCCGAGUGCCGCUCCAAGUGCUGCGUGAAGGUGUUCCCCAGGGGCGACCAGGCCGGCAGUCCGAGGCAGUGCCGCCACUACGCCGAGCCCGGCGAGCCAUGCAGUGACGAGCAGAUCAAGGGAGGCGUCUACGUGAACGGAUGUCCCUGCCGCGUCGGCCACUGCGGAAGCAACGGAUACUGUUCAUGAGAUGAGCAGAGACUGACUCAAGUUUCUUGGGGCUCUGAAGGCGAUGGAGCAGCCCGUGCAGACUUCGAAAUGCGGAGUUUAAUAAACAUAUGCACCUGAAAGCGUGAAAAA